AUGCUGUCUAGACGCCUACAGAAUCGUCUUUCGCAGAGGAACUUCCGUGAACGCAAGUCGAUGUACACCAUAGAUUUAGAAAACCAGUCAAAUCCCAACACGGUAUCAGAGAGCGAACGAAAUCAAUUGCUGCUGCGUGAAGCCCGAGAUUUGAGACCGGAAAUGCUGCAGCUGAGGUCUAUGGCCCUCAAGAUUUCCGUCUUUCUGGAUGCCAUUGGCUUGCAGAUUGUCAAGAUUCUGGAUAUAGACGGGCAUCCAGGGCAGUCACUGCGACGUACGGAAAUAUGCAGCGACUUUGAAGAUGGUCUGGCCAAUUCCGAUGAAGACGAUAAGAGCAGUGUUGAGCAAAGAUUCCAACACAACAUGGGUUGUUAA